CAUAUUAAUAGAGCAACAAUUUCUAGUGAUACAUAAUAAGACAGCGUUUUUCAUAGAGCAUCGGUUGUUGAAAAUAAAAUACGCUUAGUACUACCAACCACCUUUCUACGUUGGAAUCGUAAACCUCUAUCGGGACCCAAACCCAAACCCAAGGUUUAUAUAAAAGGAAACAAACAACAUGCGCCCACCGGUUAUUUUCCAAACUAUCCCUUUUUUUUCUUCUUCUUCUAGUGAUCGCAGGCUUAACACACUCGCAAAGCACUUUCUACAAACCGAAUCUGAGAACAAUCAAAACAUGUCAGCUUCACCAACUUCUUCUCAUGGCGAUUCCGUCUUUGCUCAUCUCGUUCGCGCUCCCGAAGAUCCUAUUCUCGGUGUGACUCUCGCUUACAAUAAGGAUCCAAGCCCUGUUAAGCUCAACUUAGGUGUUGGUGCUUACAGAACUGAGGAAGGGAAACCUCUCGUGUUGAAUGUGGUGAGGCGUGUGGAACAGCAACUCGUCAGUAACCCGGCACGCAACAAGGAGUAUCUUCCUAUUACUGGAGUAGCUGAUUUUAAUAAACUCAGUGCUCAGCUCAUUUUUGGUGCUGACAGCCCUGCAAUUCAAGAGAGCAGAGUAACCACCGUUCAAUGCUUGUCUGGUACUGGUUCAUUGAGAGUUGGGGGUGAAUUUUUGGCUAAACACUAUCACCAACGAAAUAUAUAUUUGCCUCAACCAACAUGGGGAAACCACCCAAAGGUUUUUACCCUGGCAGGGCUAACUGUCCAAAAGUAUCGCUACUAUGCUCCAGCAACUCGUGGGCUUGAUUUCCAAGGACUAAUGGAAGAUCUUGGUGCUGUCCCAUCUGGAUCAGUUAUUCUGCUACAUGCAUGUGCACAUAAUCCUACUGGUGUUGAUCCAACCCCUGAACAAUGGGAGGAGAUUAGGAAGCUGAUCAGAUCAAAGGCCUUGUUACCUUUCUUUGACAGUGCUUAUCAGGGUUUUGCUAGUGGAAGUCUGGAUAAAGAUGCACAGCCUGUUCGUUCUUUUGUUGCUGAUGGGGGUGAAUUGUUGGUAGCCCAGAGUUAUGCAAAGAACAUGGGUCUUUAUGGUGAACGUGUUGGCGCCUUAAGCAUUGUGUGCAAGUCAGCUGAUGUUGCAAGCAAAGUUGAGAGCCAGCUGAAACUUGUGAUUAGGCCCAUGUACUCAAAUCCUCCCAUUCAUGGUGCAACCAUUGUGGCUGCAGUUCUCAAGGACAGUGAUUUGUUCAAUGAGUGGACUAUUGAGUUGAAGGAAAUGGCAGACCGAAUAAUCAGUAUGCGCCAACAACUUUUUGAUGCUUUACACGCCAGAGGUACUCCAGGUGAUUGGAGUCACAUUAUCAAGCAGAUUGGAAUGUUCACCUUCACAGGAUUGAAUUCUGAACAAGUUUCCUUUAUGACUAGAGAGUACCACAUAUACAUGACAUCUGAUGGGAGGAUUAGUAUGGCUGGUCUUAGUUCCAAAACAGUCCCUCAUCUGGCGGAUGCAAUUCAUGCAGCUGUCACCAAAGCUGUGUAGUACAUGUUACUCACUGCACUUCCUAGAUGCUACCCUGUUGGAGGGGACCUUUUAAUAUCGUUUUUUCUGUAAUAAUUUUGUCACAUCAACAAUGAGACUUCCUUUCUGAUUGAUGUGAGAAUUUAGUAAACGUUUUAUGCCACCUUUUUUUGAUUAGUUUUUUCCUGUGGGGGAGUUACAGUCUUGUGUAUUGCCCGUCCCUUUCUUGACGAAGGGACGAAUAAGUCGUAGAGGUAUUUAUUAUUUUCUGUAGAACUUAUUCAAAAGAAAGAAGUUUCAUUUCU